AUGAGCUCAACUAAUGAGGGAUCCAACUUUGUCCCACGUAAGCUGAAUCCAUACGAAAAUGAGCUCUAGUUUGAAUAUCAAAGAUUGCAUACUAAUUAGACUUAGAAUAUGAUGAAAAAAAAUAAUGUUUAGCAAGGUCCUAACUUGUAAGUAAUUAGCAUUUUACAAAACUACCCAGACAAGUUGAAUGAGAAACCUAUUUACGAUUCUAAAUAGUAGCAAUUUUUAAUUAUAAAAGAUUAAGAAACAGAUUAAGAAUAAGAUAAAGAAAAGGAUUAAUCAGUGUAAUUGACAACAGCCUUUAAUCCUAAUUAAUACGAGGUUGAUGAUCUUAGUGGUGACUUGUUAAAGAAAAAAAAUUAGAAAGAUUUGCAUUAAGGUAGUGUAAGAUUAACUGAUGAGGCCAACUUUGUUGGAAGCCCAAUUGAUUUAAGGAAAAUUUAAUACGAAGAAGAUGAUUUAAAGAGAUAGCAGAAUAUUAAUAACAUAAUUAUGGAAAUAGAUAAAAAUGAAAGAGCAGUAAAAAAACUAAAAUAUAUCUGGCCAUAUUCAAAAUUAGAAAAUCAUAAACUUCAGGAUAUAUAAGAGAAAACAAAUGAAUAUUUUAGGAACUAAAACAAUAAAAUUUUGAAUCAAACAGUCAAAAACAGUUCAAAUAUAUAAUGGGAUGAAUUUGAUAAAAUGCCUCCAUCUUCAUCUCACCAAAGAAGCCAAAGCCAUACAAGAAGAAGAUCUUCAUUAAAUAAAGAAAAGAAGAGCAGUUAAUUAACUUAAGAAUACUAUUAGAAUGAAAAGCCAGAUAAUUUUGAAUCUAUUAGAAACAAUAACAAUAAUAAUAAAAUGAUAUAGACUCAAUACAGUUUUUCAAUAAAUCCUCAUGAUAAGCAAAAUUUAAAUAGAAGCAAAGAAAAUGAUAAUCCUAAAACAUAAGCAGAAGUUUAAGAAAAUAUUAAUUUAGAAGAUAAUAACAGCUCAUUCCUUUCAAAUACUCAUGCAAAAUAAAAAUUCUCAGAAAUGACAGAAUAAAGAGGUAAAUUAGAAUCCAAAGAGGGUUUAAGAAAUGUCCUGCUCCGAUAAUCUCAUCAAAAAAAAUAAGAACCAUGGCAAAUAAUGCAAUACUAGAAAACCCUUCCUGAUGAUAGAAAUCAAGUGAUUUAGUCAAGAGGAGCAAGUAGAUACUCAAGGUCAAGAUCACAAUCUCGAAAUGGUUAAUAUCCACAAAGUAAUGUAAAUACUCGUUAAUCAACUUAGAGCAAUUAAGUUUCACCUCGUGCCUAUGAUAAAGACCUUGAUAACUCUUCAAGAUCACAAUCUCGAAAUGGUUAAUAUCCACAAAAUAAUGCUAAUACUCGUUAAUCAACUUAGAGCAAUCAAGUUUCACCUCGUGUCUAUGAUAAGGACCUUGAUAACUCUUUUUAAGUUUAAUAAGAUUUUAGAUAUAACGAUAAAACUCUCAUGAAUAAAAAAAACAAAGAUCCAAUAAAUCACAGCUAUGAAAAUAGAGUGAAUAAUAUAAAUUAUUUUGAAGAUGAUAACAUUAAAAGAACUAGUAGUUAAAAUUAAUAAUAUAAAAAAACAUAUUAAAAUUAUUAAAACGAAAGUGAUGAAGAUAAUGUUUUCAAAAGAUAACUACCUAAUGAAGAUGGAAGAAGAACAGUAUAUUAUGACGAUAAUAAUAGGAGAAGCAUAAAUAACGAAAUACAUAAAAAAUAAAAUACACUUGAUCCAAGUGAUUAUUAAUAGAUAAACAAUAACAGAUAAAAUACAUUAAAAAGUAGAGCACAAAGUAGGCAGAAAUCAAGAUAAGCAAGUCCAUUAGGAGCUAAUGAUGAUUAGUCAAAUUAUUAUAAGAAUUCUACAAAUAAUAGAGUAAAAACACAGCAAGAUUAUCUUCCAAGAAUCAAAAAUGGAAACGAAAAAGAAUUAAAAACAGAAGCAAAUUAUAUUGAAAAUGAAGAUGAUCAGAAAGAAACAAAUUUUAAUUAAAAAAGAAAAAAUAGUCAACCCUAUGGAGAGAGCUUUAAGGGAUCUAUUAAAUUUAGUGACCCAUAUAUUUAAAAAUAAUUAAUUGAGUUUGAAAAUGAGCAGAGGAGUUAAAAUAAUGAAAUAGAUGAAGGAUUUAUCAAAUAAGAAUAGUUAGAUAAAAUGGCAAAUUAUGUAAAAAAUUUUAAUCAAACUACAAGGGGAAAUAGAUAAUUUAGGACCUUAGAAGAUAAAAGGAACAUCAAAACGUCGUAAAAUACUCAUAGGACACUCGAUUAAGGAAAGAACAAUGAACAAAGUCUAGAAAAAGAUGAUUUCAGGAAAAGAAGAAAUAGUGGACUCAACUAAACUUUAAAAUAACAAAGAGCCCAUUCAAAAAAUGAAGUCAGAGAGAAAACUCCUGUUGAUAAUAAAGUGAGAUAUAGCGUCCAAAACGAUUAAUUCAAAGAAACUCUUAAAAGCAAGAGAAUUUAAUAGUAAGAUUUAGACAGAUUAAUGAGAGAUGAUUUUGAUGAUUUUGAAAAGGAUGCAGCUUAAAAAUCAUCUAAAUAGCGAAGUCCUAUUUAUAAAAAUAAUAAUCAAGACGAUUCUGAUAUUUUGGGAGGUGCAUCUUAAAUGGAUAAAGACAUAUUGAAAAAGCAACAGCUAAUAAAUAUACUGAAUAGUAACUAAGCUAAAGAUGUUUAAGAUAGCAAUUUAUCAUAUGGAAACAGUAAAUUUUCUAAGAUACCUUCUACUGCAAAAAAACCUGCUCUUAAAAAUAGAAUGGAAGGAAUGUAGGAUAGCGAAUUAACAUAAAAAAAAGAUAAUUAUACUGAGAAUUCAUCAUAACAGCCAAGUAGUGUUUACUUUAAAGGUAAGUAAAAUGAUAAACUCGGGAUGGAUGUGAGAAGAAUAUUCGAAGAUAUAGAAAAAAGAAAGAAAAUCCAUAGAUUGGAUGACAAAGAAACAUAAAAAAUCUAUAGCUAUGGUGAUUAUACCAUUAUCCAUCACCCAAAAUAGAAUAGCUCCAAACUACUUUAAAUAGAUGAAAACAGUAAACACUUUGAAAAUUUUUAAGAAGAAUUUGGAGAGUAAAUGAACGAUUUCUUAGACGUAGCCAUUGAUUGCCACGAAAGCUCUAAAAAAAGAUUGUCUCCUUUGGGAAAAUACAAAUUACCUUAAUCACCUAAAUCUCCUACGAGAAACCACCUUAAUAAUAUUACAAAUAAUUAUAAGGUGAAAAAGUAGCAACAAAGAAGUAAAUCUGUGUUGAACAAUGUAAGUAGAGGAAAAUCAUCUUAGAAGCAAAAAAGACAAAGUUCUAAAAAAAGUAAGGGUUAAGUUGAUUUCGAUGAAUAAAAGUACAAAUUAAUAUGUUAGAGAAUUGCUGUAAAAAUGACUUAUAUUCCUGCAGAAUACUCUAGUAGAAGUGAAUAGUAUCUUAGAGAUUUAUUAGCUGAAUUAAAGAUAUACAAUCCUGUUUUUUCUAAUAUUUCUUACUUUACUGGUGUUAAUAUAUUACGUUUAUCUCGUAUCUAUGUGUAUGAAGAAGACUCUGACAUUUACACGGAAAAUCAACCUUCAAAUUCUUCAUUUUUAAUUUUAUAUGGUCGUGUGUGUCUUUCAAGUAAAGAUAAUGGCGAAUUUAAAGAAUCUAUUAUGGGGGAAACAAUAGGAGAAGAGGCUGUUUUAGGACCUGAAGAUAAAAAUAUAAACAGAUUUGAAACAGCAACAGCAAUGGAAGAAACUUCGAUGUGCGAAAUAAAUAGAGAAUUUUUAGAAAAAUUCAGAAUAAGCUGUUCUGAAAAAGGCUUACAAGAUGAUUACAUGAGCAUUGUUACUCUCUUAAAAAAGAAUUUUAUAUAAAAAAAGACACUACGUUUACUCAAUGCAUAAAAAGACUAAGCAGAAUGA